AUGAGAUAUUAUAAAAUAAUCUUCUCAAUUUUAUCAUUACUAUUCAGAAUAGGUUACUAGAAAUGCCCAGAAGCUCAUUGUAGUUUUUAUAACUAUACAUCUAAAUCCUAUGAAUGUAAAUUUCCAGAUUAUGACGAAUGCGUAUCUUCUAAUAACUGUAUUUCAUACAGUCUAGGAAAUUUUGUUGGGAGAGAUUCAUAGUAUAAAACAUGUUUAAAAAGCAAAUAAACUGCCGUAAGUAAUUAAGCAUAGUGUUGGAUAAAUAUAUUUAGACCUGAAAUCUAAAUAUGUUUGAAUUCUAUUGAGGAUUAAUGUGUUGAAUAUUCUAGUGAAAGUGAUCCUACUAGCUAAUAUGCAGGAUUAAUAAAAAUAGGCUUAAAUAUAUUUGAAAAACGCAGAUUUAAAUGUGCAGAGAUAAAUUAAAGUGUUGAAAAAUUGGAUAUUUAUAUUCUCAAGCAAUUCUAUUGUAUUGACUCUAAUUGGAUUGUUAAAAACAUUCUUCUUUCGAAUGUUUAUGUUGGUCAAGAUCCAGAUAAUUAUAAUUGCUUAAAAGUAAACUAAACUUCAAAUGGUACUCCUUAUUGCAAAUCAGGAUAUUGCGUACUAAAUAAUACAUGCACUCAGUUAUCUUUAAGUUAUCCUGCAAAACUAGAAAGUGGUCAAUGCAAUUAGUUAGGAGAGAAAAUUUCAAUAGAAUGCUUUUAAGAUGAUCCUUUAACAAAUAAAUCUAUUUGUUUUGAUUAACUCAAUUAGACAUGCUCUUGGAUUAAAGAUUUCUCAUUUUACAAUAUUGGUAUAUUACCGAAUGGCACUUGCGUUUAAUAAUAAAAAGCGUAUGAUGAGAAACCUUUGUGUUCAGAUCAGAGCUGCUUACUUAAAAAUGGCACAGGUUUUUCUUGUAUCCCUUUUGAUAAUGUUUACAUAGGAAUAAAUUAAUAAGGAUAUUGCCUUGAAAGGGCUUAGCCACAUGCAGUUAGAUGCAAAUAAGGAAAAUUUUGUAUAGAAUAAAUAAAUUUUUCAUGUAUGGAGUUGUCUUCUGUUGAAUCUGAUUUAAGAAUUGCAAGACAAAAAGAUACUUCAAACUGUUUACCAUAUAAUGAUUUUUAUGGUCAAAAUAUAGAUCUUUGUGCAGAUGGAUAUUGUUUUUUUACUUAAGAUUCGACUUAACCUUUUACAGAUUAUUGUAUCUUAUAUGGUAGCACUUUCAAAAAUUUUUAGAAGCCUUUUAUCGGUGUAGAAAGUAUAACAGAGAGAUGUUUAUAGGUGGAUGAAUCAGCUAAUUCUAUUAGUCUUUGUUAUGGCCCUUAAUAUUGCCUUUUAAAUAUUAAUAAUUAGUAAUAAUGUAGAUAGCUAUUUUAUCCUUUUAAUGAAGACAUUGAUCCUAAUUAAUUAUCUUAAGCAUCCAAAAAUGCUGAUGGAUUUUGCUAGCAAAUUAAUUAACCAAAUUCAAUUAGUUGUGCUGAACCUUUGUUAUGUCUCAUUAACGAAUAAUGUGUAUCUUUAAAUGACCCAAAAAACAAUUUUAUAGGAAGAGAUUAAAAUACUUAAAUGUGUAUAGGGGAUAAUACAUAUUAUGCUUAAUAUUGCAAAAAAAACUAUUGCCUAUUUUAAAAUCAAUGCAUACAUUUUGAUUCUAAUUUUAUUGGAAGCGAAUAUUUUACUUCUAAAUGUUUAUUAAAUGGAGAAGUAACUAUGAAAAAAAUUUAGCAGUGCACAGAUGGCUAUUGUAUAUCUUAAACUUAUGGAAAAUACUAAUGCAUUUAACUUGAUAUUGACUAAUCUAAAAAUGCUGCAGGUGUUGACUAAAAUGGGAAUUGUUUAGGAAUUAACUAACUUGGUGCAGUCAAAUGCUUUAAAAACAUGGCUUGUAUUAACACCACUUCACAAGGGCAAGUAUGUGUUAAUGUAGAUCCUUUAGGAUAAUAUAAAUGCACUAAUACAGAUGGAUUUUGCUCAGAUGACCUAACUAAUUGCAGCAGUUGCAGCUUUUCCUAAUGUUUAGAUGUUACUAAUAUAAAAACUCAAACAGGAAUUUGUACUUAAAUAGGAAGCUAUUGCUAAAAUUCAUAAGGAUUUUGUGCUUAGCUAUAAUCUGGAUAAUGUAAGGUUUGCCCAUAAAAUUAUUGCUUCGAUAACGUCAAACAUAUUUGCAUAGCAUUCAAAGAUGUAAAAAUGGAAAAAUAUUAGUGUCUGUAGCAAGUUAGACCUGACUUACCUUGCAUUUUAUAAGAAAUAAAAUAAUAAAAUGGAGAUUAAAAUUUUUAAUGUGCUAGUUUAUAAAAUGAAUGUGUAUUGCAAAGCACAGCAAAUCAAUUAUUUUAAUGCUAAAGGUGUUCAUAAAACUUUAUAAAUGUAGGGGAUAAUAGAUGUUUAACAUUUAAGGAAAGAGAGAGCAUUUACCAGCAAUAAAUAAAUACAAUUUUUUAACUAAAUCUUAUUUACAUUGUUGAAGACUUAUGUUAAGGGUAGAUUUGCCUUUCUAUUAAGACAGAUAAAUGUCCAAUUGGAUGCUAUUCAUGUAAGGAUUUGAAUAUCUGUACUAAGUGCAUUGAGGGUUAUUUUUUGUUUCAAAGUUAAGACAAGAGUGUUUAAUGUAUUAAAUGCAAUUAUUUGUAUAAUAAUAUAACUGCUUACCCAUACACCUAUCGGAUUCCUAAAGGAACAACUCAGAUAAGUUAAAAGUGUCUUGAUUGUAAUCUUGAAAAGGGGCUUUGGAAUAAUAAUUAAAUACUAUUAAAGAAUUGUGAGCUAGUUGUGUUAAAUUUUAAAAAAAAUGAAACUUAAAGCUUAUUAUUAAUUGAAAACUUACCUCCAAUUACUGCAGGUUACUUAAUCUAAAAUAGAAAUGAAACUGAUCCAUUUUUAUAUCCAUAGUAUUAUAUAGCUCCUACUUAGUUAUGUACUCAAAAUAAUUGCUAAUCCUGUGUUAUGCAAUUCAAAAAUGGCUUGUAUAAGUAGAUAUGUUAAAAAUGUGCCUUAGGCUAUUAUUUGGAUUUGUAGCACUAAUGCCAGAUGUGUAAUUCUACCUGCUUAUAAUGUGAAUUAGGUACACUAGAUAUUUAUGGAAACAAAAUUUACUAUUAUGAAUUACCUAUUGAAUUAAGAUAGACUUUAGCUUCUUCUUAUCUAUAUCCUUUAUGUUAGAUUUGCAAAAAUAAUUCUAUCAUAUCUUAUGAUUUAAUAUCUUGUGAUUAGUGCGGAACAGGUUGUGCAUCCUGUUAAUACACAAAUGGUUAAAACUACUAUAACAUAGGAUAGAAAAGUAAUGUUUAGCUGAAUUAAGAUCAAUACUAAUCAUUAAAAAUUUUCAAGUAAUGCUUGACUUGUAAAAGCCAAGAGCUUACUAUUUAAACAAACGGAAGUGACUGCGGUGAAUCAAUAUUAAAUUGCCAAUUACAUACUUUAAUUAAUCAAUAUACAAACUAAAUUGAUUUAAUUUACAAUUUUGCUUAUUACUAAAACGGUUUAACGAGUAAUUAUACUCUUAUUUGCGCCUACUGCCAAGACAAUUAUAUUCUUUCACCAGAUAAAUAAAGUUGUUCUCAAAAUGAAAAUAUUCUAGAUAACAACUGCUUGAAGUUUUAUCCUGAUAGUAAUUCUUGCUAACUUUGUAAAGCCUUUGCUCUAGAUUUAAAAAAUAAAGUCUGUCAUUCAAAAAUCAAGUGCAUUUAAGCUAUUUCAGGAUGUAAUAAAUGCUAUUACGAAAAUUUUUAGAAUAAUAGUAACGUAAUUUAACUAUUUACUUGUGUAGAAUGUUAAUAAGCUAAUUAUAUGACAACUCUUCUUGGAUGUGUGAAAUGUUUAGAUGGGUGCGAUUAAUGCUAUGAAAUAGGAUAUGAUGAUUAAUAGAGGAAGUUUAACAUAACAGCAAGUAUUAUCUUUGGUUCUACAACAUAUGACGUUAAUACUCGAUUAAAUUAUAAAACUAUCCUAAAAGCAUAAUCUUUUUGCAGCUCUUGUUAGCAAGGAUAUUACUUUGAUCCUAUUCUCAAAAUAUGUACUCUUUUGCCAUGUGGAUAGCUAUGUGCUAAUUGUGUGUUUUAAAUCAAUAGGUUUUAUUGUCUAUAAUGCAAUCAAACAGCAAUACUUUAAUCAAUCUCAUAAAUAUCUUUAUUUUUGGGAUAGUUUUAUUUUGGAUAGAAUUAAAUACCUGAGGAUAUUUAGAUUAGUAUACUUUCAAAAGAUUAAGGUUCUUGCUAAAUGUGUCCUUAUCUAUGUGAAACAUGUGACUAGUCUGGCAAUCUUUUUGAUAAUCUCUAUUCUAUCUACUAAACAAAAUGCUAUUCAUGCAAAACUAUUACACAGCUAAACACAGCUAGUAAAAGCAUUUUAACCAAUUUUUAAGACUAUGAAAUAAGGUAUGAUAAAGAAAGAUUUAGGUGUACGUUAUGUAAAAUAGGAGAUUAAUCUUGCUAUUUUAAGAAGAUUACAACUAUAUAUGCUGUUUGCUUAGAUAAUAAUAACAUAAUUGGAAGAGGAACUUUUGAUGAUCCAUUAAAUAUUAAUAUGAUAACAUAAAUCAACUAUUUUGAAAAUAUUAUUAUUGGUGAAAAUAAUUUAGAUCUAGCAAUAGUAGGCUUAAAUGAAAUAGCUUUAAAAGAAUUAGAAUUAUAGAUCAUAUUUCCUUCAAAAUAUUCAGAAUGUUAAACUCUAAAACCUUUAGUUUUAAAGUCUAAUUUACUAUAAAAAAUAAAAUCUUUAGAAAUAUUUCAUUUAAAUAUAUCGUAUUAAUAAGUAAAUAACCAAUAAUUUUAGUUCCUAUAAACAAGCCCAACUAUAAUUCAAGGAUUUACUAAUGUAACCAUUUCUAAUAUAAAUAUCGACUCUUAUUCUAGUUAUUUUGAUUAGUUUAAAAUAGGUUUUUAAAUAUCUUCAUAAUCUUUAAAUUAAGUAUAUUUGAAUAAUGUUAAAUUUAGCAGAGGGUUAUUUGGCCCUUAAAACGUACUUCAUUUACUAAUUAAUGAUUUAAAAAACAGUUUAAUCUUAAGAAACGUUACAUUUAAUAAUCUAUUUUACUAUAAUACUCAAGCCAUUUAGCUUUAAUAUUCAUAAACCUAAAUAAAACCUAGCCUUAUAAUCAAAUUAGAAUCUAUCAGCAUCGUCAAUGUAUUUUUUAACGCAUCUAACUUUAUAUAGGUCACUCAAAACAAUACAGUAUUAAAUGUGAAUAAUUUCUAAGUACUAUCUUGUAAGUUAGAUUAUUCAAGCAUCUUAUUUAACUAAUUAUUUGUUCAUCAAAAAUUCACAUAAUAGCUUAGCGUCAUAAAUUUAAAACUUAAAAAUAACUAAAUAUUAAAUUAUUCAAUAAUUUUUUCAGGAAACUAAUACAUAAAUGUUGUUUUUUCAAAUAUAAUAAUAACAAGCAAUAUUUUGCUUUUAAAAACCUAAAAUUAACAAUAAAGUCCUUUUUUGUUUUAAUUAAAUUGCCUUGUAGCAAAGUUUAUCAACAUUUAUAAUAACACAAUAAAUUAAUAUGUAUUCUUUAAAUCCAUCAAACCGGCGAACUCUUUAUCAAACUAAAUUCAUUUAGUUGAUAUUCAGUUUUAUUAGAAUAACAUAACAAGUAACGACUUUAUCUUUUUCAUGGAUGGUGGUCAAUAAAUUGAUCAAUUUUUAAUUUUUUCUACUAAAAUUUAUGAUAAUUAAAUAGUUUAUAGUUCUUUAAAUGUGCCUAAAACUUUUUCAUUUAUAAGUCUGUCUUAUGUCAAAAUACUAAAUGCUAAAGAUUCUGAGCUUAUUGAUACUAAUGAAAUACAAUUUCUCAAAGUUUUAUAAGUAAAUAAUUUAAAAAUAAAUGGAUUAAGGAGUAUCUAAAGUAAAUCAAACAAUAGAAAUAAUAACUAUAUUUUAGACAUUUAGUGCUUAUAUAAUUAAAUGGUGAUAAAAAGUGUAUAUUUUUAAAAUGUCAUUUACUAAAAAUCAUUAAUUAGUAUUAUAUUAAAGUAAUCAAGUAAUCUAUAAAAAGCUAACAAAAUCUUACUUAUUAAAGACUUUAAAAUAAUAAAUUGUAUAGCUAAUAUCACUUAAACUUAAUUUAGCAAUGCUCCUAUUCAAGUCAUUUCUCAAAUUUAAGAAACUAUAACUUUAUUUAAUUUUAUCGUUUAAGACUCAUAGAUGCAAUAUUCUGUCAAAACAAAUGAAGUUACAUCUAAUAUAGCUUAGUGUGCAUAUUUGGAGGCUUUAAUUGGAAAUAUUGAAAUUAAUAACUUUAAUUUCUUUAACAGCCAUUCUAUAUAUUAAAAUAAUUGUUUAGUCAUAUAUACUUAAAAAUUAACAAUUAAUAAUUCAGUUUUUAAAAAUGAAGAAGACUCUGGAAUUGACUUUUUAAAUACUACAGUUUUGGGUGGUUUUUUGAGAUCAUCUAUUUAAUCUCUUUAUAUCGAAGACUCUAAUUUCUAAGGUGGGAAAGCUAAAUAAGGAGGAGCAUUAUACUUAAUUUUUAAUAAUUUAGGAAUUUUAAAGAUUUAGGAUUCUUCUUUUGUAAACAAUUUGAGCUUUAAUAAAUUUGAUAACGAAAAUAAUGGAGGUGCUAUUUUCAUAGAUUCUAGGCUUUGUAAUUUCUCUGCUUAAAUUUAAACUGUUUCUUUUAUCUAAAAUAUUGCAUUUUAAUAAGGAGGAGCCAUAUUUGUUUAAAAUUCUAAAUAUAAAAAGGUAUUUGAAAUAACCGAUUCUUAGUUUAUUGAUAACUUUAGCUAAAAAGGCUCAAUAAUAUAUUUCGAUUUCAAUCAUAAGCAAAGAAAUAUUUUUUUAUUGAAUAGCUGCGUGAUUAGUUAUAAUCGGAUAAAUAUUUCUUAAAAUAUAUUGAUAAAAUCAAUUAGGCCAAAUCUUAAAUAAUCAAAAUUUUAAUAUUUAUUUUUCCUUAAGGGCUUUUUUGAAAUGAAGUUUUCAAAUAAUUAAAUUAUGAUGGAUGAGACUUAGGUGAAUUAAAUCUAAUAAAAUUAUUUUAGCUUGAAUAGUUUUUUCUAAAUUGAAUAUGUUUAGAUCUUUACUGAUUAAAAUAACUAAUAUUAUGAUAUAACAUUUAACGACUCUUUAAUUUAGCUAAUUAAUGUUUUAUAAGUUAAUUUUUUUAACAGUCAAUUUAAAAGGAUUUCUAGUAAAUAAGCAAAGAAUUUCAUAUAAAUGAACUCUAAUUUUAUAUAAAUCUAUGGAAUUUAGUUUAUUAAAAAUCAAUGUGAGACUUGUACUAUAGGAUUAAUGUAACUAAAUGCUGAUUAUAUAAUAAUUUUACAAAGCUAGUUCGAGUAAAAUUAUAGUUAAGACAAAGGAGUGCUUUAUGUUUAAUAAGUUAAAAAUAAUAAUCUCAGUAAUUAAUUUAGAAAUUUAUAAGUAAUCUCUAAUUAAAAUUACCAUAUUUUACUUAUAGAUAUAAUGUUUAAAAAUAAUUUUUCAUUGCUAUCUGGAGGAGCUAUUUAUGUUAACACUUCUAGUGUAACCUUUUAAAACUGUACUUUUAUGAAUAAUAAAGCGCUUCAAGGAAAUGGGGGAGCAAUUUAUUAUAAAGGUAUCGAAAAUUUAACUAAUUUAAAAGUCAAAACUAGUAAUUUUACAUUUAAUUAAGCAUAAAUUGGAGGGGCUAUAUAUUCAGAAAGUGGUUAAGCAGUUUAAAAUUUUUACAGUCAAAAUAUUUUUAUGAAUAAUCUUGCUUAAUAAUUCUCUCAUAAUUUAUAUUAAUAUCCUCAUCACUUAAUUCUUAUAUAUAAUGGAUCAAAACUAAAUAAAAACCUCAUAAGGCAUGUUAGUGGCAGAAUAAAUAAUGAACUAAGCAUUUAAUUUAUGACUGAAGAUAAUUAGUAUUUUAAAAAGUUCUCAGAAAAAGUUACUUUAAAUAUAAGAUUGAAUGAUACAAAAAACGCAUUCUUAAAUGUUAACUAACUUACUUAAAAAGAUGGUAACUUCAAAUUAAACAUGCUUACUCUGAAUGGAAUCUUUGGAGUAACUGUUAAGCUUACAUUUUCAUCAGAAAAAAUAAAAUUUCCUGUAUAUAAUCUAACUACAGGAGAAAUUGUUUCCUAUAACUCUGUUUUCAAUAGCUUAGAAUUAGUUGUUUAAUUUGCUUACAGCUGUGAAUUAGGUGAAUAGCAUUAUAAAGUAUAAAAUUAUGAUUUUUGCUAGAGAUGCAACAAGCCAUUUUACAAUACCUAUCCUGGAUAAAAGUGUAUAAAAUGCCCUGAAUAUGGUGGAGUUUGUGAUGGCGGGAAUAUAUAUCUUAAAUAAGGUUACUGGAAAAAAAACAUAAAUUCAACAGAUAUUUAUCAAUGCAAUCCUUAUGUUAAUUCUUGUAUUGGAGACAUUGAUAUAUUUGAAAAAAAAGGAAUAACUGUAAGAAGCUCUGAUACUAGAUACUGCAAAUAAGGUUUUAUUGGGCCCUUAUGCUCUGACUGUGAUGUUUACGGAAUAUAUUGGAAUGAUUAAUAUGUCAAGGAUGGAAACUAAAACUGUAAAAAUUGUUCUUAAGCUUCUAGCACUACUUGGGUGUUUAUUUUAAUUUUUAUGAUAAACUUAUUUUUAAUUUUGAAUGUUGUUAACAAUUACUUAAAAUAAAUUAAUUUAAAGAUUAAAAUUAAGUUUCUAUUUCUCAUAAAGAUAUUUAUGCCAUUAAAAGUCUAAUACUUUUAGCUCUACAUUAAGCUACUUGUAUCUUACUUGUAGGUAUUAAUGAUUGUGUGUGAUAUUAUAAAAAGUUACUUGUUUGAAUUCUAAAAUGUUUUAAAUCCUAUUUCAGAUCCAAAUAAAUAUGCACUGAUUUUGCUAGAUUGCUCAUUUGUACAUAUAUAUAGGCAGCAAAGUUUAAGCUUUAUACUAAUUAAAGUCAUUCUGAGAUAGCUUAUGAUUAUUACCUAUAUUCUUUGUUUUGCUUUUGCUUAUGUAAUACAGAAAAUAUACUUAAAACAGUAAGUGAUAUUCAUGGAUAUAAUAUCAGGAAUUAACUUUAUUUUCUGGCUAAACUAGCCUUCAGUAAUCUAAUAGAUUUUAGAUAGUUCUAUUUGUUUAGAUUAAUUUGGAGAAAAAUAUGUGAAGGGAUAUCCUUCAGUAAAAUGUGAUUAGUCUUAUUUGCAAUAAAGUUAUUUUAUCUUGUAUCCCUUAUUUGCUGUUUGGUCUAUCAUUUUACCUGUAUUCCUUCUUUACAAAAUAUAUAAUAUAAGGUUUUGGUUAAAUCGUUUAAAAAAUUUGAAAAAAUUUGGAAUAUUUUACUUUGAAUAUAAAGAGAAAUUCUAUUUAUGGGAAUUCAUUAAAAUUUACUUGAAACUCAGUUUAGUUAUUGUGAAUAAUUUAUUUUUAGACUCUUAGAAUCCAUUAAAAGCUUCAAUAAUUUGUUUGAUCCUUUUACUUUACACCAUUUCUAUACACACUUUAAAACCUAAUAAAAACGAGACUUAAAAUCAGUUAGAGUAAUUAAUUUAUAUAUGCUGCUCUGUUAGUGUAGGGUUAUGUUGUUAUAUAUCUGAUGAUUAAACAACCUUUUCGAAUUUAAGCAAAAGACGAGCAUUGGUAUUUCUUCUUGUUAUUAAUUUUCUUUCUUUGCUUUAAUUGAUAAAAAGCAUUUCUUUAAAAAUAAUAAAAGAAAAAGUAAAUAAUUCUUAUUAGAUUAUUGAAAAAAAACUAAAUAAUUAUCCCAAGCUUAGUUAAUUAUUUUACAAGCUAGGAUUUGUUGACAAAAAAAAAACUUUAAGUUUUUGGAUAAAAUUAGGAAAAGCUAUUUAGUCUGUUAGUUUUUAAUAUAGAUUUAUUUCAGGAAAGAAAAAGAUAUAUUUUUUAUUAAAUUAGAAAUAUAAUUUAUUCAAAAAGUAGUAAAAAUUAAUUAUACAAGAAAAUUAGUUAUGA